AUGUCGGCUCGCCUUCUUGUGCAGAGCGCACUGCGCGCUCCCCGCCCGGCCGCCCUGCGCGUCGCCGCGCUGCCGCGUGCCUUUGCCUCGCACGCCACGCGCCAGGUGAGCAUGCGCUCCGGCCCCGAUGAGCAGAGGCGGCUGCAGCGCCGGACGUCGCAGUGUCACUCGGCGGACCUGCGAUGCUCCUCUCUGCGCACGGCCUUCUCUCGAGGCCCCCUCUGUCUUGCCCGUGCGCUGGCCGGCACGAAGCUGACGCUCUCCGCCUCGCUCCAGCCCAUCACGCAGACGACGACGCUCGCCAACGGCCUCACCGUCGCCACCGAGUCGAACCCGGCGGCGCAGACGGCCACCGUCGGCGCCUGGAUCGACGCCGGCAGCCGCGCCGAGACGGACCGCACCAACGGCACGGCCCACUUCCUUGAGCACAUGGCCUUCAAGGGCACCGGCCGGCGCAACCAGCACCAGCUCGAGCUCGAGGUGGAGAACCUCGGCGCGCACCUGAACGCCUACACGUCGCGCGAGCAGACGGUCUACUAUGCCAAGGCCUUCCGCAACGACGUCGACAAGGCUGUCGACAUCAUCUCGGACAUCCUGCAGAACUCGAAGCUCGAGGCCGGCGCUGUUGAGCGCGAGCGUGAUGUGAUCCUGCGGGAGCAGGAGGAGGUGGACAAGCAGCUGGAGGAGGUUGUGUUCGACCACCUGCACUCGGUCGCGUUCCAGGGCCAGGCCCUCGGCCGCACCAUCCUCGGCCCCAAGGAGAACAUCCUGUCGAUCAAGCGCGAGGACCUUGCUGAGUACAUCAGCACCAACUACUCGGCCGACCGCAUGGUGCUCGUCGGUGCCGGCGGCAUUGAGCACGAGGAGCUCGUGAAGCUGGCCGAGAAGCACUUCUCGAACCUGCCCUCGUCGUCGGCCCCGCUCAAGGUGGGCGGCGCUGCGGCUGCGCCGACGAAGUUCAUCGGCUCCGAGGUGCGCAUCCGCGACGACACCUCGCCGACGUGCAACAUUGCCAUUGCCGUCGAGGGUGUGUCGUGGUCGAGCCCCGACUACUUCCCGAUGCUCGUGCUGCAGUCGAUCAUGGGCAACUGGGACCGCAGCCUCGGCUCGAGCCCGCUGCUGAGCUCGCGCCUGAGCCACAUUGUCAGCUCGCAGAACCUGGCCAACAGCUUCAUGCACUUCAGCACGAGCUACUCGGACACGGGCCUGUGGGGCAUCUACAUGGUCUCGGAGAACCUGACGAACCUCGACGACAUGGUGCACUUUACGCUGCGCGAGUGGCAGCGCAUGAGCUCGGCGCCGACGGAGGGCGAGGUGGAGCGUGCCAAGAGCCAGCUCAAGGCGAGCCUGCUGCUCGGCCUCGACGGCACGACGGCCAUUGCCGAGGACAUUGGCCGCCAGCUCGUCACGUCGGGCAAGCGCUACACGCCCGCUGAGAUCGAGGCCGCCAUCUCGGCCAUCGGCCCGAAGGACAUCCAGCGCGUUGCGCAGAAGUACCUCUGGGACGCCGACAUUGCCAUUGCCGCACACGGCCGCGUCGAGGGCCUGCUGUCGUACGACCGGAUCCGGGCGGACAUGUCGUCGAUGAUCUACUAGACGGAGAGCGCCGCACGCGCGCGACGUGAGAGAGCUGCGUCGCUGCGCGCCGGAUGUGCCGCAGCGUGGGGAG